AUGGAGAAUCUGGAUAUCCUCCGCAACCUGGUCCAGUCCCACCCGCACAUCGACAGCCAUGCCCAGAAUCUGCUGAAAAAAGAGUCGAUCGACGAGUACCUGGAUAAAUUCCUCGGACACAGCACAUCCAAAGCCAAUGGAAUAGCUUUGCUCAAAGCUCGCACUGGCUUUCCUUUCAUGCGAGCCACCAGGCAGCUGAGCGAGCUCUAUGGAAGCCCUUGUGCUGAUUGGCCUGACGCCAUAUCAGCUCACUCGGAGUUCGUGAACACAGAUUACGAGGGUCUGAUUCGGCGAUCCCUCGUCGGGACACAAGCACUAAUUUUGGAUGAUCUUUUCGACGAGUAUGAAGAAACCGAAUCUUUCAACUUGCAUGACAGCUUUACCGCAUCGCCCACGAAGCGGAUUGUCCAAAUUGAAGCCCUGGCCGAGUCUGCAAUCCUCCAGGUAGCCAAGAGCGAGCGCAAGCCGGACGAAUCAGUGUGGAACAACUUCCGCCAGCGGUUCCUGGAUGCUGUCUCCAGUGCAAUGGAAGAUCCCAAUGUGGUCGGUUUCAAGUCCGUUGUCUGUUCCCGCACUGGCUUGGGCGUGGACCCAUAUUCGUCUGACGAUACCACUCUCGCUGGCUCUCUAGUGCGGACCCUCGACUCGGGUACCACGAGGAGUGGCUUCACAGUUGAAGACAAACCUAUAUGUGACUGGAUCGUCCAGCAAACCCUGAAAGCCAUCUCAUUGGGGAGGUACUCCGGCGUUGGCAAGCCUCUUCAGUUCGAUACUGGAUUUGGCGAUGACUCGACGGUUCUUGAGGGAGCUAACCCUACAAAUUUGCAACCUUUGAUCGAUAAAUACUCCAAUGCCGACAUGGUUCUGCUCCAUUCUGCAUAUCCCUUCACGCGGGAAGCGGGAUGUCUCGCCAGCGUUCAUCCCAAUGUCUACCUGAGUCUGGGUGGACCCUUCCCCAUGAUCAGCCGCGAGGGCCAAGAGAAGAUCAUUAGAGAAAGCCUGGAGUUGACGCCUACCAAUCGCUUACUCUGGAGCUCAGACGGUCGCUUCCAUCCGGAGACCUUUUGGCUGGCCAAUGUGCAGUUUCGACGAGCUCUUGAAAUGGUUCUCGUAGACUAUGUUCAACAUGACGACCUCGGUGUUCGCCAGGCCAUGGAUAUUGCCGUCAAUAUACUCUUUUCUAAUGCAAACCAACUAUACAGCCUGAAUCUGUCGCCAAAUAUUGCGCCGGAAGCCCGGGAUGAAAUGAUGGGAAAUACUUCGAGAACUUGA